CUGGCGCACAGCAAGAAGAGGAAGAAGCAGACCCCACACGUGUUCCUGCACCAGAGUGUCAACAUGGGCAAAAGAAAGGAGAAUAAGCAGUUUAUAACUACUUUAUCCAAAAAACAGAAGAAGCACUUGAAGGAGUUUGGAGAGGAGCAUCCUUUUCACGAUGUAGUUAAUGAAAGACCUGAAAAAACUCAAGUAAUAGAACUGCCGUCAAGUCCAGAACAAUCUGAGUCAGAGCCCGAUGAGCUGGAACCAGAAGAAGAAGAGGAGGAACCAGAGCAGAAAACAGCCUAUCAGAAACUUCUUUCAACUCUCAGCCAACCAAGAGGUGAAGCUCAGAGCGAAGAGGAGGACAGCACAGAUGAUGAUGAUGAUAAUGAAGAAGAAGAAGAAGAGGAGCUUCUUGGUGAAGAUGAGAGUGACGCUGAGGAGGGAAGUGAGGGUGGUGAUGAAGAUGAAAAGGGAGAAGGAGAACCUGCAGAUGGAGAGGAAGCUUUGAUGGAAGCAGGAGAUGGGGAGGAUGACAGGAAGGAGCCAGGAGAUGAGUUUGUAGACAAAGAGCAUGAGUCCCAGUUCUGUCUGGAGACCAACUUCACCGGAAAAGGAGAACAGGAGGAAACACGGGAUGAAGAUAGUAAAGACUUGUUUGUCCAGCAUUUGGACACAGAGCUUGAUGAAGAGGACGUGCAGAAGAUAACAUCGGGCUGCAAAUCAAAGACUCAGAUUACGUGGCCAAAGCUGGGAACUCUGCUUUGCACCAAUCCCCUGGAGAAGUUUGGCCCUAUCAGCCCCCAGAAAGACACAGAGCUCCCAGUUUUCCAUAAACUUGUGGAGACACGCUGGAAGGAUCUGAACCAGACUUUCAAUCAUAAAGGGCAGGCCGAAGAGAUCAGCCCUCUCCAGCUGGAGUUGCUGGCCCUCAUGGGCUCCUAUAAAGAUCUCUACUUCCCGGAGACAUGCCCUCUCAAGCAGGGACCACAUGUGCGCAGUGCAUACUGCCUCCAUGUGCUUAACCAUGUACUUAAGGCCAAUUCUCGGGUUCUGGCUCAUAACUCACAGUUGAAAGAGCAGAAGAGUCGGACUAAAGCAGGAGCCGAGCCACAGGAUGAGCUCCGAGACCAAGGACUCACCAGGCCGAAAGUCCUGAUCCUCGUUCCAUUUCGGGGAAGUGCACUGCAGGUCAUCCAUACGCUCAUCAGCCUGCUGGAGACUAAAGGCAAGAAAGUGAUGGUGAGCAACAAGAAGAAGUUCAAGGAAGAAUUUGGAGAGGACGAGGAUGAGAAGCCGCCCAAUUUGCAGAGACCAGACGACUAUAACGCUAUCUUUACAGGCAACGUGGACGAUCACUUCAGGAUAGGUGUCUCCAUUUUGAAGGGCAGCAUGCGCCUCUAUGCCCCCUUCUACUCAUCUGACAUCAUCAUCACGUCUCCUCUGGGCCUUCGCACUGUGCUGGGAGCAGAAGGAGAACGCAAGAGAGACUUCGAUUUCUUGUCCUCUAUCGAGAUGCUAGUGGUGGAUCAGGCAGACGUCUUCCUCAUGCAGAACUGGGAGCACGUCCUGCAUGUGAUGAAGCACAUGAACCUGCAGCCGCUGGACUCCCACGGUGUCGACUUUUCCAGAGUGAGGAUGUGGAAUCUGAACAACUGGGCCCGACACUACAGGCAGACGCUGGUUUUCAGCUCCAUUCAGGACCCGCAGAUCAACAACAUCCUCACCAAGCACUGCGCCAACUACCGGGGACAGAUUGUCAUAAAGAACAUGCCAAAAACUGGUUCCAUCUGCCAGGUCUUGGUCCAGCUGCCUCAUGUCUUCCAGAUGUUUUCCUCCGCCAGCUUCAUCGACCACGAUGCUCGGUUUCAGUUCUUUGUAGACAAAGUGCUGCCGCAGUACAAGGAUUCGGUUAUGUCACACACUCUGAUCUACAUCCCGUCUUACUUCGACUACGUUCGGCUGCGUAACUACAUGAAGAAAGAGGAGAUGAACUUUGCCAGCGUCUGCGAGUAUUCCAGCAAAUCCGAGGUGUCCCGAGCACGCCACUUUUUCCAAAAGGGGGAGAAACAGUUCAUGCUCUUCACGGAGCGCUUUCACUUCUACAAGAGGUACACAAUCAAAGGGAUACAGAACCUGAUAUUUUACGGAUUGCCCUCCUUCCCACACUUCUACAGCGAGGUGUGUAACAUGCUGGCAACAGCAAGUCAGGGGGAGGAGGCCAGCUGGACCUGCACGGCACUCUACUCGCGCUACGACGCUCACAAACUGGCCGCCAUCACCGGAGCACAGCGAGCAGGACAGAUGCUGAACUCCAACAAGGCUGUUCACCUCUUUGUCACGGGAGGGGAAGACAAAAAUGUAUGAUGACACUGGAUAGAUAUGAGAAGGACGACUGGAGUAAAUUGAGCAUAGGUGUUUACCAUGCUUAAUAAUCAGGAAAGUUUCCACAUGCACCAGAAAACAUGUUUAUUGGCCUUGUUAUUGCAGGAGACCAUAAAAACAUUCCUUUCAUUUGUAAAGAGAUUAUUAAAUUGUCACUGGUAAGAAGAAAGA